AUGCCCAAGGAGGGUCAGCCGGCGGCACAUGGUACCACACGAAACGAGGAACGUAGAACCGACUCUGAAAUUAGCACAACACAGAGAAUUUUCGAAGACGAGACACGAGAAUGCAAGUUGAAGGAUAGCAAAGUUCAGGCUUACCCUUCUUAUCUCAGGAUCCACAAUGAGCAAGAAUUGCUAGUCAAGGGCAGUACCUGCCAACUUGUGAUGACACUGGUCGAAGAAGGUGCAUCAUCUGCCGAGAUAUCACGAAAGAUAGGAAGAAAGACAAGGACCGAGUACUAUUCUGCCAGGGAAAUCGCGCAGCUUGUUCAGACUUGCGAAGCGUUGCAGCUGAAUGGGUCCUCGCCUCUCGCGACAGCCGAUUGGGAGAAUGAGCCUAUCGAAGGAUGGUGGUUCAUGGAAGAGGCCUACUGCAAAGCGCUCAGGCGCCAAAAGCCAGUGUCUGAGGAGAUUUGCGGUUAUGCUUGCAACGAGGGCUGGUGGAAGGACAGACAGAAGCAAGAGCAUCGCGACUGGGUUCGUUUUGGAGACAGGUCGAUCGGUCCCGAAAAGAAAAGACGAACAUGA